CUUUGAGUCCCAGCGGCUCCAGCUGACUUCCCUUUCAUCAUUCCCGUUGGGAAGGGAGCGUUUUCGACAAGGUGGUUUCCUCUUCUCCCUGUUCUUCUUCGUGCCCCUGCCUCCUCCCCUCACCCCCUUCCCUCCCCACACUCCCAAUGCACCUGAUCAAAACAUUAUCACCGACAAAGGUUUCUCUCUCCAAAUUAAAUGAGUCCAACCAGCCUGGGAAUUUUCUCGAAGGAAGAAAGUGCAACGCUGAUGUGCCAAGUUAAUGAAUCUGGUAGUGGAGAGAACGUUAUUGAGCCUGGAUAAUGUUAUCCAGCCGCCUUCCUUCUUCUAACGCUUCCUGUAAAGAAUGUGUGGAAGUUCGUUACGUGGCGUGAUUCUAACAUCUGUCCUACCCCAUAAUGGCGAUUUGUCUUAUGUUCCUGAGGAAGAAUUGAAGGCAGCAGAAAUAGAUGAGGAGCAUGUGGAGGAUGGUGGGCUGUCUUUGGACGUUCAGGAGAGUGAGUUUGUAUGCGAUGAAGAGACGGAGAUCAAAGAGGCACAGAGCUACCAGAACUCCCCUGUCAGCACUGCAACCAACCAGGAUGCUGGCUAUGGCUCACCCUUCAGUGAGAACAGUGAUCAGCUAGCCCAUUUCAAAAGCUCUUCCUCCAGAGAUGAGAAAGAGGAGCCACAGUGUCCAGACAGCAUCUCCUACCCUCAGGACAGCUUGGCACAAAUCAAAGCCGUGUAUGCGAACUUGUUCUCAGAGUCCUGCUGGUCUAGCUUAGCUCUGGAUUUGAAGAAGUCCAGUUCGACCACCAGCAACAAUGAUGCUGGCCAGAAGGAGUGCUCCACCCCCACCCCCACCCCCUCCACCACUACUGCCGGUACCACCAGUACCACGGCAAGCACAGCCAGCACCAGCUGCAGCACCAGCACCAACCACAGCAGCACCACCAGUAACAGCAGCAGCUCUGGGUAUGACUGGCACCAGGCUGCCUUGGCCAAGACGCUGCAGCAGACGUCAUCCUAUGGGCUGCUCCCUGAGCCCAGCCUGUUUAGCACCGUGCAGCUCUAUCGGCAGAACAACAAACUGUAUGGCUCUGUGUUCACCGGCGCUAGUAAAUUUCGGUGCAAAGACUGUAGUGCUGCCUAUGACACGCUGGUGGAACUGACAGUGCACAUGAAUGAGACGGGCCAUUAUCGUGAUGACAACAGGGACAAGGACUCUGAGAAGACCAAGCGGUGGUCUAAGCCCAGGAAGCGCUCCCUGAUGGAGAUGGAGGGGAAAGAAGAUGCACAGAAGGUGCUGAAGUGCAUGUACUGUGGACACUCCUUUGAGUCCUUGCAAGACCUCAGCGUCCACAUGAUCAAAACAAAGCAUUACCAGAAAGUGCCUCUGAAGGAGCCAGUGCCAGCCAUCACUAAACUGGUCCCUUCUACCAAAAAGCGAGCACUUCAGGAUCUGGCAUCCCCUUGCUCUCCAGAGCCAGCAGGCAUGGCCACAGAGGUUGCCCUAAGUGAGUCAGCCAAGGACCAGAAAACUGCAAACCCGUACGUCACACCGAAUAACCGCUAUGGCUACCAGAAUGGUGCUAGUUACACGUGGCAGUUUGAGGCCCGCAAAGCGCAGAUCCUCAAGUGCAUGGAGUGCGGCAGCUCCCAUGAUACUCUGCAGCAGCUCACAGCCCACAUGAUGGUCACUGGCCACUUCUUGAAGGUGACAACCUCAGCUUCCAAGAAAGGAAAGCAACUGGUUCUGGACCCUGUGGUGGAAGAAAAGAUCCAGUCCAUACCCCUCCCCCCGACCACCCACACCCGGUUGCCAGCAUCCAGCAUCAAGAAACAGCCAGACUCUCCGGCUGGCUCCAUGGCCUCUGAAGAAAAGAAAGAGCCCGAGAAGGAGAAGGCACCAGUGGUGGUGGUGGGUGAUGUGGACAAGAAGAUCAAGGAGGAGAGCGACGACACCGCUGAGAAGUUUGAGCCCACUGCUCUCUACCAGUACUUGCGUGAGGAGGACCUGGAUGACAGCCCCAAGGGGGGCAUGGACAUUCUGAAGUCCCUGGAGAACACCGUGUCCACAGCCAUCAGCAAAGCGCAGAAUGGUGCGCCCUCUUGGGGGGGCUACCCCAGCAUCCACGCAGCCUACCAGCUGCCAGGCACCGUGAAGCCGCUGCAGGCGGCCGUGCAGAGUGUACAGGUGCAGCCGUCCUAUGCCAGCAGCAUGAAGUCGCUGUCCACCACAGAGCACAAUGCCCUCUUACACUCCCCGGGGAGCCUUACACCCCCACCGCACAAGAGCAACGUGUCUGCCAUGGAGGAGCUGGUUGAGAAGGUCACAGGCAAGGUCAUUGUCAAGAAGGAGGAGAGGUCUGCAGAGAAAGAGAAGAGCUCUCCCACCAAGGCUGCAUCCCCUGUGGCAAAGGAGAAUAAAGAUUUUCCUAAGUCAGAGGAAAUAGGUGGCAAGCAGCAGAAGAAGGGGCCGGAAGCUGAGACGGGGAAGGCCAAAAAGGAGAGCCCAGUGGAUGCUCACACCCCAAACGGCACAGAGGCUCUCAAAGCCAGGGUCACCAAUGGCUGUAACAACUUGGGGAUCAUCACGGACCACUCGCCAGAACCCUCCUUCAUCAGCCCGCUGAGCGCUUUGCAGUCCAUCAUGAAUACCCACCUGGGUAAGGUGUCGAAGCCUGUGAGCCCCUCUAUGGACCCAUUGGCAAUGCUGUACAAAAUCAGCAACAGCAUGCUGGACAAGCCCGUUUACCCCACCACGCCAGUGAAGCAAGCUGAUGCCAUUGACCGCUACUACUACGAAAACAGUGACCAGCCCAUCGAUCUGACCAAGUCCAAGAACAAACCCCUGGUCUCUGGUGUGGCUGACUCUGUGUCGUCGCCUCUGCGGGAGAGUGCCCUCAUGGAUAUCUCUGACAUGGUGAAGAACCUCACGGGGCGCCUGACCCCCAAGUCCUCCACUCCCUCCACGGUGUCUGAGAAGUCCGAUGCAGACGGAAGCAGCUUUGAGGAGGCACUGGAUGAGCUGUCACCCGUCCACAAGAGGAAAGGGCGCCAGUCCAACUGGAACCCGCAGCACCUGCUCAUCCUGCAGGCCCAGUUUGCCUCAAGUUUGCGGGAGACAGCAGAGGGCAAGUACAUCAUGUCGGACCUGGGUCCUCAGGAGCGUGUGCAUAUCUCCAAGUUCACAGGCCUCUCCAUGACCACCAUCAGCCACUGGCUGGCCAAUGUGAAAUACCAGCUUCGAAGGACAGGGGGAACAAAAUUCCUCAAGAACCUCGACACAGGGCAUCCUGUUUUCUUUUGCAACGAUUGUGCCUCUCAAUUCAGAACUGCUUCCACAUACAUCACCCAUCUGGAGACGCACUUGGGCUUCAGCCUGAAGGACCUCUCCAAGCUGCCACUCAGUCAGAUUCAAGAGCAGCAGAACGUCUCCAAAGUCCUUGUGAACAAGACUUUGGGCCCACUGGGGGCUGCCGAGGAAGACUUGGGCUCCACAUUCCAGUGCAAGCUCUGCAACCGGACUUUUGCAAGCAAGCACGCAGUCAAACUGCACCUUAGUAAGACGCACGGCAAGUCGCCGGAGGACCACCUGAUCUAUGUGACUGAGUUGGAGAAACAAUAGUGUCCAGGUAUGCAAGUGAUAGCCGGACAUUGCACUAACGUCGUUGUUGUACUGCACUAGGCCUGGCCUGAGCCGCUGAAAUCAGUCUUUCCUUUGUUGCUGGACUGCCUAUCUGGACCUUGUUUUUUCUUACACAUAUUUUGUAGUUAUAUUUAUAUGCUCUUUGUCUGACCUGUGCAUGUUAUUUUUCUUUUUUCCGUGAGUCAAAGUCUGACCUUUAUUUUCAACAUCUGUUCUUGAUGUUAAGCUAUCUUUUGUAGGAAAUAGUGGGGCACACUACUCAGAGACAUUAUUUAGCAGUAAAGAAAGACACAAAUAGCAAUGAUAAAAAGAUAUCCUAAAAUUAUGAAGUUGCCAUGCUAAUAAAGGUCAUAGAACCUGGUAGUGUCAACUUUAACCCUUUGAGGACUAUAAUCACAUCUCUGUGCCUUUCACUCAAAAAGAAAAAAAAAAACGAAAGAAAAAAAGCUUAAAGGCAUUUCAUUCAGAUCAAAAGCUGUGUCAGACACAAAACUUAUUUAAUAAUUAAAAUGAGCUUUUAUAUGCAGGACUGGUUUGUGAGGAAAACAUGCAUGUAGCUGUUGGAAGACAGAAAGCUGUCUAGGACUCACGGGGUUAGCAAGCCACAACUUUACAUGUUUAAAAUUUAAAAACAAAACAAACAACAACAACAGCAACAACAACAAGAAGUACCCCAGUCACCACUAUGCCCAAACCCUCUGGAUGCUGAAAAAUGCCACUUUUGGCAAAAAAGUAUGCAAGUUAUUAUUUAAAAAUGUGUAAAAAUGCUAUUUCUUUUUUUCCUGUAAAAUACUGCAGUUUAUAGUUAUUUACAAAUGUAAGCUUUGGUAUAAGCUGAUCUUUCUAUAGUGUGCUGCAUUGGUAAAUGAAAAACAAAAAACAAAAAGGGGCAAAUGUUGGAGUCCUUACCUUGUAAAUUGCCAGAAUCGGCUUAAAAACUCCUGUAUGUUACAUAUUGUAUCAUUUUAACCUCUUCAACUUUCUUUGUACCUUCUGGCUGUAUGCUUUCUCUUUUAACUUUUUAUAUUGUCAUUUUAUAUUAAAUUUCUGUGUAUAUAAUGUAAAACCACAAUUUUUGAAUAAAAUUUAGUUCCUGCAGCUUGAUUUAAAUAGAGAAAUUUUACUGGCACCUGCAUCUUCCCAGAUGCAUGUACUCAGAGGAACUAUCAGACAAACUAAAUAAAUAAAAACAGAGCAAGCAAUGCACUAUUAAUUAUACAUUUUGAUGUUCUGUCAUUAAUAUUGUACAGUACAUUUUGGUUCACACAAUUAAAUCCACUGUUUUCUCAAAUGUAAAAUAAACCCACACGCAGUUCUUGAUUUACA